AUGGAAGUACACGGGAGUCCGGUGUCGGCGGUGGGGGUCAGGAAAGGCCUAUCGAAUUCAGCCGGGGCCGAAGAAAAGCGCCAGGAGGUAGUCGAACAUACAAGUGGACAAGGAGAAGAGGCCAUCAAAGACAUUGUCUGCGGGUCGACGGCUGGUGUCGUCGGCAAGUACAUCGAGUACCCAUUUGACACGGUCAAAGUCCGCCUUCAAUCCCAACCCGACACCGUACCCUUAAGAUAUACCGGCCCGCUGGAUUGCUUCAAGAAGUCCCUGCAAAGAGAUGGGUUCCUCGGCAUCUAUAGAGGCAUCAGUGCGCCAUUGGUGGGAGCUGCAGUUGAGACCAGCACACUGUUCUUCAGUUAUCGCAUCGCAUGCGAUGCCCUGAAAGCCUCUGGGGUCUAUCCUGACUUGAAGAGACACCCCGAAAAAGAUCUGCCUUACACUGGAAUGUUGUAUUGUGGCAUGGUUGCAGGUGCAAUCACGUCCCUCUUCUUGACUCCGAUUGAACUGGUCAAAUGCAAGAUGCAGGUACCCGUGGAAGCCUCGGGCCGUGUUGUGUCACAGCCUGGCAUUCUCAGUGUCAUAGCCUCCAUCUAUCGCCAUCAGGGCGUCCUCGGCUACUGGCACGGCCAAUUCGGGACCUUUAUCCGCGAGACUGGCGGUGGCGCGGCAUGGUUUGGUGGAUACGAAGGCAUGAAGAUGCUGUUCAAGAAGAGCAACAAGUCGGCGAAAAACGACGAUGACCUGCCGGUCUGGCAGCGCAUGGCAUCUGGAUCAGUCGCAGGUGCCGCUUACAACUUCAUGUUCUACCCAGCAGACACCAUCAAGUCUCGUAUGCAGACGGAGGAUGUCAAGAAGCUUACCGGCGGUCAAUCUACAUUUGGUGCAGUCGGAAAGGCGCUCUGGAAACAGCACGGUAUCAAAGUUGGCAGAUCGAUUCCCAGUUCUGCGUUCAUCUUUACGGUGUAUGAAGAGUUGAAGAAGCGCUGGCCCGAGAGGAGGCUUGAGUGA